CCGAACUUUCUAGAAGCAUAGGGUUUGGAAAUGGCCGACGCGGCGAACGAGGCGCCGCCUCCGGCUCCGGUCGCGGCGGCGGCGGCGGCGGCGGCGGCCGGAGGCGUCGCUCUCACUGGAGGCGUCGGCGGCGGCGGGUGGACCAUCCUGAUGCCCCCCGCAUCCGCGGCCGCCGAGUGGAGAGUCGUGAGGCUGGCGGGGGCCCAAUCGGCGGCCGGGACAAGUGCUGCGGGGGAGAGCUCUGCCGGAGGCGGCGUGCCGGAGGUUGCUUUGGAGAUGGCGGCGCUGCUUGCUGCGUUGGGUGCUGGGGGUGAUCUCCGCGUCGGAGAGGGUUUCAUGGUUGGCGGCGGCGCGGGGCAGUUCGUGGCGGGGCGCGGCGGCGCGGGGCAUCCGGUGGCGGGGCGCGGCGGCGAGGGAGGAGACCCGGGUGGGCGCGGCGGCGAGGGAGGAGACCCGGGUGGGCGCGGCGGCGAGGGAGGAGACCCAGGUGGGCGCGGCCACGCUGGAGGACCGUACUUGAUGCCCGUGCCCGUCGUGUUCAUCCCCAACUUCAAGCAGUACAAAGAAGAGGCGGAGCCGAAAGAGGAUAAAGGUCUGAAAAUUGCCAAGAUCAUAUAUGGUGUACUGCUAUUUGGUCCCCUUAGCUUCAUUGGUCCUAUAAACACUGUCCUAGAGGCCAAAGAAAUCGAAAACACCAUCAUGUGGAAAGCUUUCGGAAUGUGUUGGGGAUUAUUAAGCAUUGGAUUUCACAUGAGCUUUCAUGGUGGAUGGGAUCGUAGGCAAAGAGCGUAUGUCCGAAACAUUGCGCACUUUAGCCUUACAAUCUUUUGCUCUUUUGUGAUCUAUUAUCUGUACCUUCUGCAACCAAGCUCACUAGCAAACUUACAAUGGCUAAUUUCAAUGGAAGCUAUUCUUGCUAUAGGACAUAUCAUGGCUUGGGGUUGGGUGGUACUGGCUAUAACACGUGUGGCUUCUAAAGAGGAAAACAGAGAUAGUCGGGUACUUCCAAAAAAUCUCUCAAUGUGGUCAAAAACCCGGCAAGGAUGCACAAGGCUAAGGCAAGGAUGGGGGUCAAUGUGGUCAAAAGCCCGGCAAGGAUGCACAAGGCUAAGGCAAGGAUGGGGGUCAAGGAUGAGCCAAGAGUGGACAAGGUUAAGGCAAGGGUUGUGGUCUAGAAUGGGCCAAGGGCGGUGGCCAAGGCUAAGGCGGUGGUGUUCAAGACGCAAGGAGUAAAAAAGAUCAUCUUGUGAGAAAUAGUGACUGCUCUUUUUGAGGGAUCUUGGGAAUAUUUACACAAAUCAUCGAGCAAGAACUCCGCUGACUUUGCGGUAAUCCAAAAACACUCUAAGGUUGAGCUGAGUUUAUUCGCUGUCAUGUUGCAAGUAGUGACAUGCUAGAAGCUUAUUUUGACUGUUCAUUGAAGCUGAAGUGCUCAGGGUGGUGGUGACAUGCCGUUGCGUUACUGUACGCUAUAUACCCUUAUCUUCUUGCUUGAAAUAUGCCGUACUUUCGUUGAGGAGCUCCUUCGUUUGAAUUUUCUUUGCUUCCUAAACACGGCUGGUAUUUGAUCCUCACCCACUAGACACAUGUAUAAAGCUUUCGUUUUGUU